UUUUUUUUUCUUAAUUUCCUUUUUUCCUCUAUAGACAACUCAAUUCAAUGGUUUCUAUUGGCAGUAUUGGACUUGGUUUGCAACUUUUACUUUAUCUAUUUUGUUGUCAGUUGUCAUUCCGAUCCACCUAUUUAUCUUUCAAAUAUUAAAACAACCUCGAAUCCUUAAUGCCGCCUGUUUACUACUUUUCUUUAUCACUCUGGCGACAUGUCUUAUCUUUGACGACAAACAACCUUGGAUAGAAAUGAAAGUAGACUCUUAUACCGACUAUUUAACUGGCAUAUUUAUUCAUUGUGGCCUUUAUGAUACAAAUCAUGAUCCCAACUAUCCAGCUUUAUAUUAUCGUUGUGUGUUACUGGACUCGACAUGGCUAGUUGGAUUAUUGACUUGCUUUUUAUGGUUGGCAAUGUUUUUUGUUAUGUGGUUCUCACCUGUAUCAGCAACCUCAUUGAAAUUGUCACGUUUACAUUCUCACAAAUAUCAAAUUCCUGAUACCCAAUCUAAAGUGGAACAACCAUCACUAUCAAAAACAUGUUCUCUUCUUUCCAUAGCGGCUAAAGAAAAGAAUCUGGACACAACAACUUCCCCUUCAACGAUAAUUUCUUCACCAACAACAAAACGAUUAGAACGGUUGACCUCUUCACUUAUGAAAGCAUUACCACCAUUACAUCGAGAAAGUGACGAUACACUCUGUUUACCUAUUCACAGUAAUGCAACUACCACUUACAACUCAUCUUAUGCUUUCGAUAACGAUCUUUCAUGCGAAUCUCAUCAAGAAAAAUUACAAGUCUCUGAUAUAUGGAAUCAUUCAUCUCUCGAUUGCUCGUCCACAGAUGAUCAUGCUCACUCCUUGGAUUUGGCAUUGAUGUUAUCCCUGGUCAAUAAUAACGUCGAUGACAAGAACAACAAUCAAAUAGAAAACGAACAACAGGAAGAUGAUGAAAAUGGAGCUAUAUCAAGACGGCUGGUGAUCGCUCAUUCUUGCCCAGAAUUCAACAAGAAGAAAAUGAAGACAAUACUUAAUGAAAGAACAAAAACAAAAGAUGACACUGUCUUACGUUACUGACUUUUCUAUAUAUAUAUAUCUCCUUUUUUUUUUUUUUU